AUGGAAGAUUUACCAAAUAUACCUGGCUAUACAUUUCGUGAUCCAAGUAAAUUGAAGAAAUCUUUUCUUUUAAAGAUCACUGAUUAUAGAUUACUGCAAAAAUUACAUUUUUUGAAUGGUUAUCGUGUGGUGCGCCAUAGUAGAGUUGGUAUUGGAGAAAGACCAAUAGAUGCUGCAUCCACUGCAUACAUAAAAGAUAUACCUAUUGUACAAUAUGAUCCAUCGUUGACGUAUGGUCGCGUAAAAGGAUAUGCAUAUCGUCAAGUUAUUCCACAUUAUGCGUUAUUCGCACAGAAAUGCCUUUGCUUCAAAGCAUUCUUCCGUCAGGGUGUGUUCAACUCCCCGGACGAACAUUAUCGGAUACGUCAUGUAAACAUACUAUAUUUUUUGGAGGACAAUACCUUAAGCGUGAUGGAACCUUCGGUUAAUAACGCAGGCUUUCAGCAAGGAAGGCUCGUUAGAAGAGGCAAAAUUGAAAAAAAUGAAAGGGGAGAUACGCUUCACUGGAAGGAUUUCAAUGUUGGGAUUGACGUAUGUAUUUAUGGUGUAGUUUAUCAUAUUAUCGAUUGCGAUCUAUUCACUAGAGAGUUCUUGAGCAGCCAAGGCAUAGAUGUCGGUAACAAGGAGGAACCUCCUAUAGAUCCAUACACGUCGCUCCGUGAAUCCAAGCAGAAUCGACCGAUGCACGUAACGCCGAUUCCGGACGAUUCUAGGCGUCGAUUUUUAGAAUAUGAUAAAAUGGUGUUAUGUUUCACCGCGACGUGGAACGAGGACGUUUACCAGAUAAUGUAUUUCUUGACCGACGACACGAUAGCCGUGCGAGAAGUAUUGAGACCUAACUGCGGAAAGGAUCCGGUGGCGAUGCUACUGAAAAGAAUGAAAGUACCGAAAGACUGGAAGAAUUUACCAACGUCCUAUCCGGCCGUAUAUCUAGAAUACGGCGAUCCAGAAGUUAUCGAAUAUUAUACGCCGAAAGAUUUCACUAUAGGCGGCACGAUUUUUAUAUUCAGUCGACGUUUUUUCUUACACGACUGCGAUUCCUUCACACGGAAGUAUUACACGGAUAUGCUGGGUAUGAUGCAACCGGAAAGAAUUCCACUUCCGGAGGAGAAACCGAAAUCGGCGCCCGAAUACGUGCCGCCGCCGCACAUAAAAUUCGGCACGCCGGAGGAUACUUACGCAGGUUGUUUGUCGUUCAUGCCUAAACCGCCGAGAAAAGAUGUUGUCCGGCAGCUGGUGAAUUUCCCGAAAAAGUUGCGUUACUCAAUGCGUAUGGACGCGGUGCACCCUGAAGACAGAGGUCGCGAUUUCAUCUUGCAAUACAGUUUAAGCGAAGGCAUGAUUACGAUUCAAGAACUGGAGAAACGUAACUCGGGCCGUCGCGAAGGUUGCUUCUUAAAAGCCACAUUGGUCCCGAAGCCGAACACUGGAAGAGACAAUCCGGAAUAUUAUACGCCUCGGGACUUUUACAUCGGGGCGAAAAUCAAUAUAUUUAAUCAUUACUUCAUCAUAGUAGGGGCCGAUCUUUUUGUGUACCGUUACAUGGAAGAGAAUCCCGAGAAGUUCUCGCGGGAGGUACGGGACAAUGUACGAAACUAUUUCACUAGACAAAAGUUACUCGACGACGAUAUAGCUGUCGAGGCGAAAAAGAUACACGACGAUACGAUGAAUUGUAUGAGAGAAUUAGAAGCCCAGGCUGCUCAGAGAUAUGAAGGCGAGCAUGGGGAGCUAAGACCACGUACACCACCACCGGAAGAAUUGUGUCCGGAUCUGGCGACGACGACAACCAAGUCGCACGGUCCUGGGAAAUCUUUCGAUAAACAUAUGAAAAAGGAAGUAAGAUGGGAUAAUCGGAGAGAACAUUAA